UUUAGAAAAUGCUUGAUAAUAACUUGCCCUCUUCCAAGUCUGGGCUGGAGGCAGAAAUAAAGUGGUACAAUUUAGGACGUCAUCGUCAAUCGUCAGUCUGCGAUGUCGUCCAUAAAAGUGUCCGUCAUAACAAUUCGUCUUUGUCCAAUGUCACAAGUCAGAAGAAGGUCGUGUGGGUUUUCCCAAACAGAAAGUUGAUACUGACCUUAGCUUUGGUCCUGAACUAUUUGUGUUCUUCGGGAAUAGUUUUGGUGUCAGGAGCCCCAUCCGCCCCGAUGAUAAAUGCGAUCCAUAACCGUGUACCGGUUGGAGCAAUCGUCCAUCUCUUCCCAAGAUAUGGAUACCUUAGUUUGAGCAUGAGAGUUGUUCCAAGAAAUGAUUCUCAAUCUUGGGUGUUUCUCGAACCCGUUCGUAAUAUAUUUCUUGAGUCGACAAUCCAAAUUGAGGAGAGACGUUUCAGCGCGAUUGAUUCCACACUGCCAAUUCAUAAUGAGUUUCAUAUUGACCUCUGUGAAGACAUGGGACAACUGGUGCAAGCCUAUUUUCGAAGAUUUUAUAUCCAAGGUCUCGAUAAGCCGUGGCAAGCAUUUUCUGGUGGGUGGAGGACGCCCAGUCUGUCAAAGUAUUUUGGAAUUGACCCAAAUUUCGUGGUGGGAGAUUAUCGCUACAUGUUGGUCAGGGUCUUUCUAGUUAGAAACUCUGGAAAGGCUACCCCGCUUGCAAAUAUCACGGUCAAUCAAGGUGUGAUGAAUGAUGUGCUAAAUUAUGGGAAUGAAGGGGAAAAGUCCAUGUACAACUUUUCUAAUACAGUUGGGACGCAUUAUGUUCACUCAUAUUUAGCUGGAAAUGCAAUAUAUCAAGUUUUCGUCUAUGAUGCUGCCGGAUUUGAAGCUGUUAAAAGACGACUCACCGAAUACAACCAACAACAGAAAUUCCAGGCGUCAAUAUUGUCUCAACUUCCGAGCAUACUUCCCCUCUGGGGAAGGCAGAUUGGCAAGUUAUUUGUGUUAAAUUCCAGCCCACAAGUAGCAGCCGAAACUGCUCAAGCCCUCUUGUUGGAAACUUUCCAAGGCGUUACAGUCCCCAACAUAUUUAAGCUGCAUGAUAACCCAUCCCUUGUUCGGCAGGUUGAAGUCUUGUUAAAAAAUGAGCCAAACGGAUUGUUGGGAAUUGAGCUAAAAACAUUAGACAUUAUUUUCAAAGAGAGAAAAAAGAAGAGACAUUUUGUACAGUCGUUAAAAAUGUUGCUUCAAUUGUGGGAAGUUAAUUUUCAAUAA